CCGAGUCUUGUAUUAUCGAUCUAUCUAUCGUAACGAAGGUUUAUCCUACCUUCACUCACUCAUAUAGCUCCAAUGAACCUCUGAAACCUUCUUCAAUGGCCGUUCGAGCAGUUAACACCUACUCGCUCCUCCGCCCUUCUUCCCCAUCUCUCUCCACCGUCCCCCGCUUCUUCUCCCCACACCACCCUCUCCCCUCCGCUCUCCGCUUCCAUCCUCCCUCCUCCUCCCAUGUCUGCCAUACUCAAACUCGCUCCAUCAAAAGCCUCUUCGAAACCGUUAUGGAAGAACUUCAAGCCAAACGUAAACUCCGCAAGAAAAUCGUUUCCGUUAACGCUUCUUCUUCAAACACGGAACUAUUGAAUGAAGAGCAUGUUGAAGAUAGACUUGUGAAGCGUUCCUUGCAAAAAGGUUUGCUUUUGGAAUUCAAGAAAGAUUCUGAUAAAAUAUUGCUAGCAGUAGCUCAGAGACCUGAUGGCAAGAAGAACUGGAUGGUUUCAGAUCAGAAUGGUGUCACUAGUUCCAUCAAGCCACAACAAGUGACAUAUAUUGUUCCCGGCAUAUCCAAUUUUGACCAAGCAGAUAUCACACAUUUUGUUCAGAAAGCUCAGUACAACAUGGACCCAUCACUACUUGAAUUUGCUUGGUUUGAGCUACAUGAAAAGAAUAAGUCCGUGACAGUUGAAGAGAUGGCUGAGAUAAUUUUUGGUCGUGUUGAGCCUCUUGAGAGUUAUUCUGCUCAUCUCUUGCUAUCAAAAGACGAAAUAUACUUCACUAUACUUGAAUCUAAAGGAUUGCGUUGCGUUUAUGGACCUCGACCAAGUGAGCAGGUUGAGGAGCUUAUUCGUAGAAAGGUUGCAAAGGAAGCUGCUGAGAAAGAAUUUCAGAACUUCAUUAAACUGUUAGGCUCUGCAAAAUCAAUGCCUUCACAUGAUAAACCUUCCAAAUCUUCAUGGCAGGAUGAUGAGAAAAUUUGGAGCAGAAUUGAGUCACUUGAAGCAUAUGCUAUUGAUGCUUGUAUAAGUGAUAAACAAAGGGAAACAGCCGGGAUAAUACUAAAGGAAAUGGGUCUGGCAAAAACAUCAUCUUCAGCUGUAAAUCUCUUGAUAGAUAUUGGGUAUUUUCCUGUACAUGUCAAUCUUGAUUUGUUGAAAUUGAGAAUUCCCACUGAUCACUUGGAAAAGAUCACAUCAGCUGCCCAAAGUCUUCUAUCAGACUCAUCUGAUCCAGACGAGAUUAACAGGAAGAACCUUACUAACCUGAAGGUCUAUGCCAUUGAUGUUGAUGAAGCUGAUGAGCUUGAUGAUGCUCUGAGUGCAACAAAGUUACAAGAUGGUCGGAUUAACAUUUGGAUACAUGUUGCAGACGCAACUAGAUAUGUUCAACCUGGAAGUAUUGUGGAUAGGGAGGCUAUGAGAAGGGGAACUUCUGUUUUCUUGCCCACUGCUACAUAUUCUAUGUUUCCAGAAAAUCUUGCCAUGGGAGCUAUGAGUUUGAGACAAGGGGAGGUUUGUAAUGCUGUUACUGUAUCAGUUGUGCUGCAUGACGAUGGCAGCAUUGCAGAAUGUUCAGUGUUCAACUCAGUGAUUAAACCAACUUACAUGUUAACAUAUGAGAGCGCAUCAGAGCUACUCAAUUUGAACCUUGAAGAGGAGGUUGAACUUAGAAUUUUGUCUGAGGCUGCAAAUCUUCGGUUAAAUUGGCGCCGCCAGCAGGGUGCAGUCGAGACAGCAACAUUAGAAGCUCGCAUCAAAGUGUCUAAUCCAGAGGAUCCAGAGCCAUCAAUAAACCUUUAUGUAGAAAAUCAGGCAGACCCUGCAAUGCGAUUAGUCUCUGAGAUGAUGAUCCUCUGUGGCGAAGCUAUAGCUACAUUUGGAUCUCGGAAUAACAUUCCUUUACCCUACAGGGGACAACCUCAAUCAGAUAUAAAUCUUUCUGAAUUUUCCCAUCUUCCAGAAGGGCCUGUUAGGAGCUUUGCCCUAGUCAAGAUAAUGCGUGCAGCUGAAAUUGAUUUCAGGAAGCCAGCACGCCACGGGGUUUUGGGAAUUCCUGGUUAUGUUCAAUUUACCUCUCCCAUCCGUAGAUAUUUGGACCUUCUUGCUCAUUAUCAGAUAAAGGCAUUUCUUAGAGGCGAGCCUCCACCCUUUACAUCUGGUAAUCUCGAAGGUCUAGCAUCAGGUGUAAAUGAGAAAGUUAGAGCAGUGAGGAAGCUCUCCAACAGUAGUCUCCGUUACUGGAUACUAGAAUAUUUACGAAAACAACCAAAAGAGAGAAGAUACCGUGCUUUAGUCCUUAAAUUUUUGAAAGAUCGCAUUGCAGCUCUGUUGUUGGUUGAGGUUGGAUUUCAAGCUACUGCUUGGGUCUCAGUUGGAUCACAGAUAGGGGAUGAAGUAGUGGUUAAGGUUGAACAGUCACAUCCACGUGAUGAUAUUAUUUAUGUGAAGGAGGUUGCAAGAGGUUGACUUGAGAUAUGUUCUUGAAAAGACCUUUACAAUUUCAACAAGUCGUUCAAAAGGCUAAGCUCCUAAAAGUUCUGUACUUAAUAUCAACUAACACAUGAACCACACUCUUUCAUUUGAGAGGAUAGCCUUGUUAACUCCCACUCAGCUUGGCUAGUUUGGUACAACCUCGUCUUUUGCAUGGAAGUGCGAUCACGCUUCACUGGCCAAAAUUCAUCAUUUAAAGCUGUUCAAAUCUUUAAGAGCAUCUCUUGCACAGAAGUUCAUGAAUGUUUCGGCCUUCAAUCAUGCUGCAACUGUACAUCAUUUUCUCUAAGCAUGCAGUGGCAAAAAGUUAGCAGGUUUUCGCGCCCGCUGAUAGUUUGCCCAUUAUUAAUUUUUUAAGAUGUCUCUAAUAGAGGUUGUUGUAGUAAUGCAUCGCCAAACUGAGAUUUUUCUCAUAUUUUACUGAAUUCAUGGCCGAGGGCAUUUUGUUUUUGGAACGGUAAAUGAUAGUUGUUUUUGUUAGAUUCAUUAGAUCUUAGAGAGUGGGUUUCAAAUCUUAUCCUCUCAUAAUUCCCAAUUUUUAUCUCAAGAAUGUAUAUUGUAAUGUGAGUUUCUAUUCAUCCCCGAAUAUUAACGUUCAUGAAUGUUAAAGAAGGAAAAUACUUUGCUUUGAUUUGUCUCA